GAGGAGCAGGGCUGUAGAUUUGAUCGUUGUGCAGUAUAGCUGUAGCAGGGAAAGGGGAGACCUGGGCUGUCUCAUGCAACCAUGAGACCAAUCAGGAGAAUGUUUCCUGGGGUAUCCACCAAGCUGCUUGUCAUAACCUUUUUGUUCCUCAUUGUAUCUUUUGCUGCCUACAUUGGCUUUACAGAAAAACAUCCAUACAGACAAUUUGGUUAUUUUAAUCAUGCCACCAGAGUGCCGCAAAUGAACAUGCAAAAGAGUACUCAAAAUGCUGGGGCUACCCACAAAGAGACAGAAAAGGUGAUACUCAGCCUUGACAAUACGGCACAACAGCAAGAUGCCGUUACGAGACCGGCACUUAACAACAACCUGGAUGCCAAAGGAGAGCAUGCCAAGGAUGGAAGUGUGACAUCUGCAUCUAUUGAGAAGCAAAAGAGGGAUAGUUUUAUAGGAUCAGCAGCCAAUAAGAAACAAGAUGGAGAAGAAUUAAGACCCCUAGCUAAUAAGAUGCAAGCUAAAAAUUGGACUGUGACACCUACUGCCAAUAAAAAACAAAGUAAGAGCAUAAUACCGGUACUCCGUUCAAAGGAAGAGAAAAAUAAUGACGUGGUCCCAGAUCACAAACAAGAGAAGCAAUUUGAGGCUAAAUAUGUGGCACCAGCAUCCACUACAAAGCAAACGAAAAGAACAUUAAAAGAAACGUACACAUCUCUGAAGCUGUCUACCAAAGUCGAAUCAGUUUCUAUUGCUAGAGAUCACAAUGCAUCUGAUCCUGGAACUCUAAACGUCACACGUGCCAUUCCUGCAGCAACCCACAAGAAAAGGUUAAAAGCAUCUGACUUCAAAUCUGAGCCCCGCUGGGAUUUUGAUGACCAGUAUCUUCUGGACAAUUCAACUCCACAGUCAACCUGUCCAAAUUCACUGCGGGUCAAGGCUGCCAAGUCUGACUGGCUGCAGGGCAUUUUCCUGCCCAACAUCACACUCUUUAUGGACAGGAGUCACUUCACUGACAGUGAAUGGGAGCGCAUGGAGCAUUUCCCCCCACCUUUUGGGUUCAUGGAACUAAAUUACUCAUUGGUAAAAGAAGUCAUAACCAUGCUUUCUCCUAAACCCUAUCACCAAAUUCUCAUGGCACACAACAGCAGCCAGGCUUCCAGGUGUAUUACCUGUGCUGUAGUAGGAAAUGGAGGAAUAUUAAACAACUCCAGAAUGGGCCAGGAGAUUGACUCCCAUGAUUACGUCUUCAGGGUGAGCGGUGCUGUGAUUAAGGGUUAUGAGAGAGAUGUGGGAACAAGAACAUCCUUCUAUGGAUUCACUGCCUAUUCCUUAAUGUCUUCCCUUUUGAUACUGGGGAACCAUGGAUUCAAGAAGAUCCCCAUGGGAAAGGAGAUCAAAUACCUUCAUUUCCUGGAAGGGGAAAGAGAUUACGAAUGGCUGAAAGCUCUUCUGCUGAACAAGGAAGUCAGGAAAGGAUUUUUGGACUACUAUGGGAAAAAGCCAAGGGAAAAAUUUGAUAAUUUCAGCCUGGAUAAAUACUUUGUGGUUCAUCCAGAUUUUCUCAGAUACAUCAAAAACAGGUUUCUAAAAUCCCAAAGUUUGGACAAAUCCUACUGGCGGCUCUAUAGACCCACCACAGGUGCUUUCAUUUUACUAACUGCACUCCAUCUCUGUGAUCAGGUAAGCGCUUAUGGGUACAUCACAGAAGGUUACCAGAAGUAUUCAGACCACUAUUACGACAAGGAAUGGAAGCGUUUAAUCUUUUAUCUCAACCAUGACUUUGAUCUGGAACGAGGGGUGUGGAAAAAACUUCACGACGCAAACAUCAUGAAGCUUUACCAACAAUCUUGAUCAAGGGGUCAUAAUCUUGAUUAAGGCAGAGACAUAAUGCCAACAGCAGCCUUUUUUUUAUUUUGCUCCUUGAUAUAAAAUGAGAGGGGUCAGAUUUUUGUGUGUGGAAGCAGGGAUGUUAUCCAGAGCUAAACCAUAUUUUUAUUAUUUAUGUAAUAAUAGUAGAAUCAAGGAUUCUAUUACUUGAGAACACACUGGUGGGAUAGUUAUGUCCUGAGAAUCCAUUUUGAUUAUAAUGGACUGGAUUAUGGAUUUAUUGACCUACCCUAAGAGUUUCUUUCCAAAAUCUCAGGCAAAGGUCCUUCCAGUUGCUGCUACCUCUCUUCCUUAGUUGAACUUGGAACUUAAUGCAUGCAAAGCUUGUCUGCUACCUCUGAGGUGCAGCCUCAUUCCCUUCCAUUGUUUUGACUGAACUAUUAAGAUGUUGCAAGGAUUUUAUAGUAGUACCCUCUCCGCUUGAUUAUGAAUUCUUAAACCAAAGUUGGAGAAUUAUUAGUGUAAAACAUCUAUUCUCCUUUCAGCUGGGGCAUUACAACUUUGAAAUGCACAUGUCCACAGCAUAAACCAGGUGGGAGCAUGUAGAUGCACAGUGUGUGCAUAGUACUGGUGGCUGUUUUUUAUUUGGGAUCCUCUUGGCAGUUGCAAGAUUAUGGUAUUAAGAGUUGAUCUCUUUGUUCCCGCCCCUAUCCCUUAGCGUGUGAGUUUCUUAAGCCUCAAAAAAUGAAACAUCUAUUCCUCUGGGGACCAAAGGAUCUUAAUUGAGAGAGGAUAGCUUGGAUGUAUUCCAGAAGUCUUUCAUCCUUUUCUGCUGCCACUCUGAUCCUUUUAUUUUACUUGCAUUUUUUUACGCAUUGACUAUUAAACAUUUACUUCAAUGGACUUAUGGGGGAUAUAACUCUGUUUAGGAUUUUACUGUAAAUCAAUCAGUUUGUAGUCUCAGCAGAUUUGCUGUUUCCUGACUGGACACACUGUCCAAAUCUUUCACUGUAUACCAGGCAGUUUUAGCUGCCAAGUCAUAGUACUACUCAAGAAAGCUAGCGGGGAAAGACGUGAACAUUCUUUCUCCGGUGAAAGAUUACCAAAGGCUUAUAGCCUCUUUGGCCUAGAGAACCUGCAUUAUAUUUAUGUCUUUCACACCAAUGAAUAUAUGUGCCUAUUUGUGACAGAACAGAGAGGAAUUGCAUUCAGAUUUGAAUGAGCUCCAGCAGCUGUCUGGGAAAAGCGAUUGUAUUCCAUGAUAAACUCAGCUGAGUGCUGCCUUUAGUCUGCUUAAUACAUUCCAAUAGUCAAAGCGCUAGAAAAAGCUGAUGGCAUCACUAUACCUUGAGAAUCUGAGCCAAAAUACUUCAUUAGGAAAUGUCAGCUUUAUCCCAUGGGGCGAUUGGCCCCCCCUUUUUUUUUUCUUUCAGCAAAUGUGUGCCUCAUCCUGUGGCGUAGCAAAGAAGAUUCACCAAAUGUCCAUGGAAUACACACGUUUAAAGGCAAUUAUAAAUAACAAUGAAAUAAAUAAAAAAACAAUUCCUUUGACUUUUCAA